GAGAUGCAUGCCCCAACUUCGGCGAAGAAAGCAGAAGUAAGGAGUAAAGAGAGAAACAGAGUCACGGCCGACGCACGGGAUCGCAACCGGAUAUCUGUGUUCGAAGUCAUUCGCAAUUAAGAGGGUCUGUGAUUUUACACUCCAGUGUUUGGAUCUGAACGACUUAAUGCAGUGUCUUAGACCCCUUUCUGUCAGCGAUCUAAAGAACGCUGCAUUCCUAACGUUGAUAGUACGUAGGCCAUAACAGCCUAAAGGCAGACCAACUAGUAGCUGCUGUGAGACCGACGUUAGGCUUACCAGACUGGUUUUCUUACCUGGACCGUUUGGGUAGCUUUUACGCAUCGGCCGGUGCGGCGGCAGGAUUUACAGAGUGCCUUUUGGAAUGUCUUCGCUUCUGUAAGCGAGGUCUCUUUUCUGAACAUGGCUUGAGGUAAACCACAUCCUCGACUAGUGUUAGCAACAACAUGAAAUCGUGCAAGCAUAUGUACCUCAUUUGUGCGGAUGAAGCCAUUCUGUCUAUAACUUGUGCAUUUACCGUCCGCAUAAAAAGAUCCGAUUGUUGUAAGCUAAGUUAUUAGUUGUGCAAGCAUUGAUGAAUGUAUGACUAUGGCCUUUACUACGAGAUGUCGAAUCAAUUUAAUUCUAAAAUUAGUGUUUUCUAUAUUAUUAUCUCAAUGUAAAGAAGUAUUUACUGAAUAUCUGCAAGAGUUCGAGAUAUCUGAGGGUCUAGGAGUUGGAACAACAAUUGGCUAUAUCGGUCACAGCCGGCCUGGCAAUCCAAAACCGCCGCCGCCCCCUCCGCCACCAUAUUUAAUAGUUCCAGUGCCAGGUAGUGCUGUUGAUUCUGAUCUUCAGAUUGAUCAAUCAACAGGAGAAAUUCGCAGUAGUAUUGUGUUAGACCGAGAAGUGAGGAGUUAUUAUUCCUUUGUGGCUAUACCACUUAGUGGAGAGAAUAUUCGUGUUGAGAUUAAAGUUCGUGAUGAAAACGACAAUGCUCCGAAGUUUCCAACUCCUUUCAUGACUAUUGAAUUUCCGGAAAACACCCCUCGUGAUAUGAAAAGAACCCUGAAUCCUGCUAAAGAUCGAGAUUUAGGAAUCUUUAAUACACAACGCUACGAAAUUGUGUCUGGCAAUACCAACAACGCAUUCCGGCUGUCUUCGCAUCGUGAACGCGAUGAUGUUCUUUACUUAGAUCUACAAAUAAAUGGUUUCCUGGACCGGGAAACAACGCCAUUUUAUAGUCUUCUCAUCGAAGCUUACGAUGGUGGAACUCCUCCACUCAAAGGUGCCAUGACUGUAAAUAUUUCGAUUCAGGAUGUCAAUGAUAAUCAACCAAUUUUUAAUCAGAGUCGAUAUUUUGCAACAAUAGCUGAAAAUGCUACUGUCGGUACUAGUGUUCUAAGGGUGUUUGCAACUGAUACGGAUACUGGUGAAAAUAGUCGAAUUACAUAUUCUAUUAAUCGCCGUCAAAGUGAUAGAGAAAAUAAGUUUUCCAUCGAUCCUAAAAUGGGAGUCAUCUCUGUGAAUAAGCCUUUGGAUUUUGAAUCCAAAGACGUACAUGAGUUGGUUGUGGUUGCUCGAGAUAGCGGUGUUCAACCUUUAGAAACUACUGCUUUCGUUUCCAUUCGCGUUACAGAUGUGAAUGACAAUCAACCAACUAUAAAUCUGAUAUUUCUUAGCGAAGAUGCAUCACCAAAAAUUUCGGAAGAUGCUCGUCCUGGUGAAUUUGUUGCCAGAAUCAGUGUAAAUGACCCUGAUUCUAAAGAAGAAUAUGCAAAUGUUAACGUUACACUUCAGGGUGGUGACGGUUACUUUGGAUUAACAACACAAGACAAUAUAAUAUACUUAGUUAUUGUAUCUCACCCUUUGGAUAGGGAAGUAAAACCUAACUACACGAUGGUUGUGACGGCUACGGAUCAGGGCAAUCCACCUCUGAAUACGUCUCGUACAUUUGAGUUAUGUGUAACGGAUACCAACGAUAACGCCCCGGAGUUUGACCAUACUAUGUAUUAUGCCAACGUACUGGAAGUUGCUGAUCCAGGCACUUCAGUUUUUCAACUGUCUGCUGUGGAUCGCGAUGAGGGAAACAACUCCAUUGUUUCCUAUUCCAUAAAAGAUACGCCUGAAACUAAUUCUCAUUGGUUUCAGAUUGAUAGCCGUACCGGACUUAUCACCACCCGAACCCACAUCGAUUGCGAAACAAAUCCAAUUCCUCAGAUCACUAUAGUAGCAACGGACAAUGGGUUACCACCUCUUUCUUCUAGUGCUACAAUUGUCGUUACAAUUAGUGAUGUAAACGAUAACGAACCCAUUUUCGAUCAAAGCUUUUAUAAUGUAACUGUGGCAGAAAAUGAAAACGUCGGAACAUGCUUUUUAAAGGUGCAAGCUACAGAUCCUGACUGUGGAAUAAAUGCGAUGGUCAAUUAUACAUUUGGAAAAGGAACGCCAACGCAUGACUUUACUAUUCAGCAAGUUAGUGGUGAUUUAUGUAUUGCUCGCCCGCUGGACCACGAAACACGCAAUUCAUACGAAAUUCCUGUUCUGGCUACUGAUAGAGGUGGAUUAAGCACAACAGCAAUGGUUAAAGUUCAAGUAAUUGACGUGAAUGACAACAGACCUGUUUUUUAUCCUGUUGAAUACAAUGUCAGUCUACCAGAAGGAGAGCUAGUAUCUACAGCUGUAGUGGUAAUUGUUGCUACAGACAAGGAUUCAGGAACCUACGGAGAAAUUUCAUAUGAAAUCAUCUCUGGGAAUGAUCUUGGACUGUUUCAGAUUGGUCAUCAUACAGGAGAAAUAUUUGUCACGCAGAGUUUGAGUACUGAGCAUUCUUUGCAUCAUUUGAUUAUAUCAGCGAAAGAUGGUGGAGGAUUAGUCACGAAUGUCAGAGCCCAUGUCUACAUCAGUGUCAUCAGUUCAGAUCAGCAGCCUCCAGUAUUCAAGCAAGCGAGGUAUACGUUCUUUGUUCAAGAAGAUGCUGCUCCUCAGUCUGUAAUUGGGACAGUUGUGGCUACAACUCGAGAUCCAAGAGCUGGUCCUGUUCGUUAUGUUAUCUAUUCAGGAGAUCCAGAAGGGUUUUUCACUAUCGAUCCGUUGACAGGAACCAUUAAAACGAAAGGCAAACUGGAUCAUGAAGCUCAUUUAUUUUUGUUACUGAACAUUCAAGCUACUAGCGGAAGGCCUCCGAUUUAUGGACAUACUCAGGUUAAUGUUACUAUAUGGGAUGUCAAUGAUAAUGCCCCUUGCUUUGCUAGUACUUCCUUAAAAAUAAGCGUCCCUGAAAAUGCAGAUUUAAGAGUUCCUAUAUAUGUUGUGCAUGCUAAAGAUCCUGACAGUAACAGAAAUGGCGAAGUGCAUUAUCAUCUACUGGAUAAUCCUGACAAUGUAUUUCUUGUUGGAGAAGAUUCUGGAAGUAUAAUGUUACAGCGUCCUUUGGAUUAUGAAGUGCGUCGCCAUUAUAUUUUAGUCUUAAGUGCCACGGAUUCUGGUAGUCCCCCGUUAUCAUCAAAUGUAACUUUAAUGGUGGAAGUUCAAGAUGUGAAUGACAAUGCUCCAACUUUUGAAAAGAAUGAAUACAAAGUUAAUGUUUUAGAAUCUUUACCAGUUAAUUCACAGUUUCUCCAAGUAACUGCUACCGAUAUGGAUACUGGUAACAAUGCAAGGCUAACAUAUAAGCUAUCAGGAAAUGUAGGAGAUAGUGCUUCAAAGUUUGGUAUCUUCCCCAAUAGCGGAUUUCUGUACCUGAAAGAAACUUUGGAUCGUGAAACCACUGAUUCAUAUUCCUUAAUUGUUUUAGCUGCAGAUAACGGCAGUCCACCUUUGUCGGCGACUACUGUUGUUCAGGUUCAGGUACUUGAUGCAAAUGAUAAUGAUCCUGAAUUUGUGGAAGAUACGUUCGUAUUUACUGUUCGUGAAAAUACAGAAAAAGGCCAACAUGUUGGUACAGUAUCAGCACGUGAUAGAGAUCUUGGGAAUAACGCAUCGCUACGUUACAGCCUUCUUAAUACUAACGGGACUUUUCAAAUUAAUCCAGUUACAGGAGAAAUUUUCACUAAAAUAACAUUAGAUAGAGAAAGCAGGCCCAAAUAUGAACUAACAGCUGAAGUUAGAGAUCAAGGGAAUCCAUUUCGUUCCGAUCAUGCUGCUGUUGACAUCAAAGUAUUAGACACAAAUGAUAAUUCUCCAGUAUUUGUUGAACCCGUUGAAUCUGUCAUCGAAAUAGUUGAAGAACAGCCUUUAGGAACAGAAGUAGUUCAAGUUGUUGCUGAAGACAUUGACAGUGAUGAAAAUGGCGCUAUCACUUAUGAAAUAGUAAAAGGUAAAGAUAACACAGAUGGAGCAGAUGUUUUCAGCAUAGACAUGAAUACCGGUAUCAUAAGAACCAGAAAAUUACUUGACCAUGAAGAUAAAAAGCUGUACACCUUGACUGUGCUUGCCCGUGACCAAGGCACCCCCUCUCGUCAAAGUGAAUUGAAGCUUCAAAUUCAAGUAUUAGACUUAAAUGAUAACCAACCAAUAUUUCCUUCCUCUAGUUUAUCUUUUAAAGUAAAAGAAGGUAUUGGUGUCGGUCAAGAAAUUGGCAUUGUUCAAGCAGUUGACGAAGAUGGCGGUGAAAAUGGUCGAGUUAUGUACUCAAUUGUUGGCGGAAACCUUUACGGGAUUUUCGAUAUUGUUCGUAGCACGGGCAGUCUGUACACAAUAGCAGAAGUAGACUACGAAAAAGCAUCGGAAUAUCAUCUUCAAAUUAAAGCAGUAGAUAACAGUGCAGUAAAUCCUCACAGUAGUGUUAUUAGUGUUAAGAUAGAAGUUGAAGACGUAAAUGACUGCGCUCCUGUUUUCAAGAAUGAUCCAAUACUGUUUUCUAUUCCAGAAAGUACGCCUCAGGGUACCCUUGUAUGGAAUUUUAGUGCUACGGAUUUAGACAGUGGAGUAAAUGGCCAAGUAACCUACUUUGUUUCACAGCAAUCUCCUGCUUCUGUAUUUAAAAUUGAUCAAAAAACAGGAGUUCUUACUCUUCUGGAAGCCUUAGAUUAUGAAGAAUUUCAAGAAUACACAAUAGUAGUUACUGCAUCUGAUCAGGCCAAAGAUUUAAAACAGCGCUUAGCAACAAGCGUAACUUGCAAAAUCAUAAUUGAAGAUAUAAAUGAUAAUAGCCCGACUUUUAAAACAAGAAGUAAAAUAAAUAUCAUGGAAAGUGAACCUGUAAAUUACCCUGUUCUUCAUGUUAUUGCAAUUGAUAAAGAUUCAAGAGACAAUGGAAGAGUAACUUAUGUUAUAUCUCAAGGAAAUGAAAGAGGCCAUUAUUCUUUGGACUAUGAUUCAGGUUUGUUAUCAGUGGCUAAGCCUUUGGAUCGUGAAGAAAUACACCAUUAUGAAUUAAACAUUACUGCUAGUGAUCAUGGAAGACCACCUAGAUCGAGUUUCCAAGUUCUCCACAUAUAUGUCGAAGAUGUAAACGAUAAUCCCCCACAUUUCAAGCAACAUCUAUAUCGGGCAAAUGUCUCUGAAGCUGCACCAAAAGGGACUUUUGUUUUGAAGGUUGAAGCUACAGACAUAGAUCUAGGUGAAAAUGGUAAACUGUCUUUUAUGAUUCCUGUUGGUGUCGCUGCAAAUAAAUUUACAAUUAAUUCUCAAACGGGUGAGAUUCAUACAGCUGCACUCCUUGAUAGAGAAGACCAGUCAUCUUAUUUUGUGACGGUAUAUGUCAGGGAUGGAGCAUUCCCAUCGAAGCAUGAUACAACAACAGUAAAAAUUGAGCUUCUCGAUGUCAACGAUCAUGCUCCUGAGUUUGGAGACUCUUGUUAUACUCUUCAUGUGCCUGAAAACAGUGAUCUGAGCGUGAUUCACACACUUGUAGCAACGGAUAAGGAUACGAACUCUAACGCUGAAGUAUCAUACACGAUAACUGAUGGUAAUAUUGGAAAUAAAUUCAGCAUUGAUUUGCAUACGGGACAGCUUUCUAGCCGACCUUUGGAUCGGGAACAAGUUUCUCAGUACAGGCUAGUUGUCUCAGCUCAUGAUCAAGGAGAACCGCCACUGGCUGGAAUGUGUAAUGUCACCGUUAUAGUGCUGGACCAAAAUGACAAUGAUCCUCAGUUUGAUCACAAUGAAUACAGUGCUACUGUAACCGAAGAUGUAUCUCUGAACAGUACUGUCUUAACUGUGAGGGCCCAAGAUCCAGAUUUUGGAGUUAAUAGUAGAAUUACUUACUCGUUAAGUAAUGAGACAAAGUCUCUUUUCAGGAUUGACAGUUCGAGUGGUGUUAUAACUACCGCAGGAUCGUUUGAUCGAGAGAAAAAGUCUCUUUAUGUAUUUGAAGUACGUGCAACUGAUGGUGGACGUUAUGAUGCUCGAUCUGAGAAAGCUGUAGUUCAAGUUAUGAUAGUUGAUGUCAAUGAUAAUCGCCCCGUGUUUACUCAGUAUCCUUUUAUUACAUCUGUUUCUGCUCAUGCUGCUCCAGGAACACAGCUUAUACAAUUAGAAGCUGAUGAUCACGAUGAAGGCCCGAAUGGAGAAGUACUUUAUAGUUUCACAAGUCCCUAUUUAAGUGGCAGAUUCCAUUUAGACACUGAAACUGGAAUCGUUACUGUAGCUGGUAGCCUCUUAGCUGAUGCAGGGCAUGUGUUUCAUUGUGAAGUAGAAGCUAGAGAUAAAGGCCAUCCACCAAGAAUUGCAAGAGGUGUCCUUGAAAUUCAUGUAGGUGAAGGUGUUGGUUUUAAUAGUGGACUGCAUUUCCAAAAUGAUACUUAUGUGGUAGAUGUUGUUGAAAAUACACCAACAGGGCGAGAAAUAAUACAAGUGAAAGCUAUUCCUCCUCCCGGUCAUUCUUCAGUAAUAACUUAUUCAAUUAAAAGUGGAAAUGAGGAGAGUGCUGUUGAAAUUGAUCCGAGGACAGGUGUAAUAUCAGUCCGCAAUUCUCAACACCUGGAUUAUGAACUUGCUACACAAAUCAGAAUGCUUGUUGUUGCACAUAGUGAUGGUCGACUACCUCUUCAUGGUUAUGCUUCUCUAACUGUUCGUCUUUUAGAUCAGAAUGAUAAUUCACCAUCUUUUUCUCAAGAGCAUUAUGUAUCUUCUGUAUGGGAAGGAAAUAAUAAAGGCACAUUUGUAACACAGGUCACAGCUUCUGACGAGGAUCAAAAUGGAAAUGGUAUAGUUAUUUACCAAAUAAUUGAAGGAAACCAUGAUAAUGCAUUUAUAAUAGAUCCACCUUUCAGUGGCAUUGUCAAAACAAAUAUAGUUCUGGACAGGGAGAUAAGAGAUACUUAUCAUCUUACAAUUAUUGCUACUGAUGAGGGCACUCCACAGCUAACUGGAACAUGCACUUUAAGAAUCAGUAUAAUUGAUGUCAAUGACAAUCAGCCGGUCUUCCCUCCACACAAUGUUGUUAGCAUUAGUGAAGGUGCUGAGGUAGGAACAGUUAUAACAACAAUCACAGCAAAUGAUGUUGACACUAAUCCAGCCUUGAUAUAUAGCUUUGCGGAUGGAGGAAAUCCAAACAAUUUAUUUAGCAUAGAUCGAUUCAGUGGACGGAUUACUCUUGCUCAGCCACUUGAUCAUGAAAAGAGAAGCCAAUAUUUGAUCCAAAUUUUUGCAUCAGACUCUGCUCAUUUAGCUGAAACUUCAUUAACAGUUCAUGUAACUGAUGUUAAUGAUAAUCCUCCUGUAUUUAGCAGACAACCGUAUCAGGUAACUGUGCCUGAGUUGGUAGAUCCAGGAUACAGAGUCAUAACUGUUAAUGCUACUGAUAACGAUUCAGGUAUGAACGCUCAGCUGCGAUACAGUAUGAGUUUAUCUGCAGUUGAUGGAUUUUACAUAGAUGAAAACACAGGUACUAUUUAUACAAAUAAAUCUAUAGCUUUCGAUCCCAGGCAGCAUACUAUACAGCUUAUAGUAUCAGCAGUAGAUAAAGGACAUCCACCUAUGACAGCUGUAGCUGCAGUACAUAUACAAGUAGUAGAUGUGAAUAAUAAUGCACCAAAAUUUUCGAGUCUUUCAUACACGAGCCAUAUUCCUGAAGAUGCACCAAGAGGUUUCACAGUUAUGAAAGUUUCAGCUACUGAUCAUGACAAAUCAUAUUCGAACCAUAACAUUGACUACAGAAUAGCAGAAGGGAAUACGGGGGAUGUAUUUGCUAUAGCUGGUACAACAGGAGAAAUUAUACUAAUGAAAUCCUUAGAUCGUGAAGAAAAGGCUAGUUAUACUUUAAAGGUUGUUGCUACAGACAGAGGUAUUCCAGCCCUGAACUCAACCACAGAUGUGCAUAUUUAUGUUGAAGAUGUAAAUGACAACCAGCCUGUUUUUAAUCAAACCCAUUAUCAAGCAUAUGUCUCAGAAAUGGCUGCAAUUGACACUAAUGUUCUUCAAGUAAUUGCUAAAGAUCAAGAUGAAGGCCUAUAUUCUAAAGUAGUUUAUGAUAUCACAUCGGGAAAUGAUGAUCAGAAAUUUAAUCUUAAUCCAAAUACUGGAAUCAUAACGAUUAAAGAACAGUUAGAUUAUGAUACUGUGUCAGAAUAUAAAUUCAUAGUUCGAGCUACUGAUAGUGAUCCAGACCGUCCUUUAUCAGCAUUAGCUAGUGUUGUAAUUAAAGUACAAGAUGAAAAUGAUAAUGCACCUCUUUUUCCUUUGAUAAUGUAUAAAGAAGCUAUAGAAGAGAACUCGCCGAUAGGAACUCCUAUAUUCAUGGCUCAUGCUAUUGAUGCUGAUAGAGGAUUUUACGGGAAACUCAAUUACUCAGUAACAGAAGGAGAAGGAAAAGAAAAAUUUAGAGUUGAUUCAGAAACUGGCUUAGUCAGUUCCCUUGUUGUGUUUGACUAUGAAUCUAAAAAUAAAUAUUUCUUUACUUUAAUGGCUAUGGAUUCUGGAGGAAAGUAUGCUACAGUACAAGUGCAAGUUGAGAUUGAAAGCAAAGAUGAAUAUCCACCAGAAUUUAGUCAAAAUUCUUAUCAUUAUACUAUACCUGGUGAUGUCCCUAUUGGUUAUUUAGUUGGUAGUGUACAUGCUACUGAUCUAGAUGAAGGUAUCGAUGGCAGAAUUGUUUAUCAGCUAAGAAAUUCUCAAUCAAAUUUUGCAAUCAAUAGCACAACAGGUGCUAUUUCAGUAAAAUCAGUAUUCCGUAGGGAGGGAUCCAGCAGAUUAAAACGUGAAGUAAGAAAUCAAGAACUUUCUUUGUAUGUGUUAGCAAGUAGUGGACGUCCAAGUUCUUUAAGCAGUUCUGUAGUGGUUGACGUUUUAGUCGAUUUUUCUCUGAACUCAUCACGUCUUAGUGCUACAGAACAAAAAAUUGGAAGCAGUUUACCUGCCUGGGGUCUCGGUUUAGUAAUAGCUCUAUCAUUGCUUGCUUUAAUAUUGCUUGGUAUGAUAUUCUUUCUUCGCAAGAGAACAAAGCGUAACAGUAAACCUGCAGUUGUUCAAGGUUUUGACAACUCUUUUGAUACUAUUGAUAUCCAUCAUCCACCUUCUAGUUCUGCUAGUAUUUCACAAUUUCCUCCUCAUUAUAGUGAUAUAUCACAUUUUGAUCCCCCUGAAAGUUCACAGCAUGUUACAGGUGCUACAUCUGAAGUAUCUGAUCAGUCUCACUCGGCAUCAAGUGGUCGUGGGUCAGCUGAAGAAGGUGAAGAUGUAGAAGAUGAAGAGAUUAGGAUGAUAAAUGAAGGUCCUCUCUUACAGCAGCAGAAGCUACAAAGAUUAGGUAUGCCUGAUUCUGGUCUUCACAGAGAUGAUGAUAAUAUGUCUGACAUAUCUGUUCAUAAUACUCAGGAAUAUCUUGCUAGGUUAGGAAUUAAUACAUCCCAUUCCGAUCAAAGAAGUAUUCAGGACUAUAGUAAGAUAUCCAAUUCACAUAGUGUUGAAAGCAUGCACAUGUUUGAUGAAGAAGGAGGAGGGGAAGGUGAUGGAAUGGACAUUAGUAAUUUAAUUUAUUCAAAAUUACAUGACGUUGGAACUGAGGAAAAUGAGGCGAUAAUAGAUGGUACAAGAGGCUUUGGAUUUGAAGAUGAAGGUGAACCUUCAAUGACUGGUUCAUUAAGUUCAAUUGUACAUAGUGAAGAGGAACUCACGGGUAGUUAUAAUUGGGAUUAUUUACUUGACUGGGGACCACAGUACCAGCCUCUUGCACAUGUAUUUGCUGAAAUAGCAAGGCUAAAAGAUGACAGUGUGCCAUCCUCAUAUGCUUCUAGUGCUCCAAAGACAUUAAAUCCUCAAGUAAAAACAGUGCCACCACCAUUAAUAACAAAUGUUGCACCUCGUUCCAUAGCACCUGUUGCUCUAAACUCUGGACAUACUAGUCAGGUUGCAUCUUUUCCUACAUUACCUCGUUCACCCAUUGGUCAUGAUAGUACUUUUUCCUCCCCUGCUAUGUCGCCUAGUUUUUCACCAGCUCUCUCACCAUUAGCAACACGGUCUCCAUCAAUAUCACCACUAGUGUCUCCUGGUGGUGGUAGUUCUAAUUCUAUUCAGUUACUGGGACCCAAUACAUCCCAUUUGACAAGAACUCAACGUAGUGCACAUGGUAAUGCAGCUUCUUCAGGAUCAGAAACUGAACUUCAAAUUUGACAGAGAGUGUCUGAUGUCAAAUUUAUCCAAUGACGAUACUAUUUAUUGUAGUGAUCAUUAUGUAUAUAUCUUCAGUCAAUACAUUCAGUAAUAUAAGCAGUGAUGAAAGAAUUUAUUUUAAUGAUAAAUUGUAUUAAACUUAUUCAUGCUAAUCCCUCCUUUUUUGUAACAUAAAUUUGCAAAAGAAAUUAGAAUAAUUUGUUGUUAUUUUUCAUUUUGUUGUCUUUUAAGAAGCAAUUUUUCUUAAAAAUUGUGACUGAAAACAAGAAUUGGCCUCAUUCGUUUAAUGGCACAAGCUAAGUAUUAAAUACUUCUUUAUGUAAUGGUGAUGCAUACUAUGUGUGUGCUACUUUAUUUUCUGCAACAGAAUUACAGCACAAUAGGAUAUUUGAACAUUGUAAGCCACUAUUUCCUUGACCAUCAGUGUAAGUAGAUUUAGUAUUUGAAAAAAAAUUUCAAGAUGCUGAUUCAGGAAAUUUUUAAUAAAAACUACAAGAAAAUGUGAAUAAAUUCCAUUUCAUCACUGAUUAUAACAAUACUUAAAAUGUACAUAAUGUAUAAAUAUAUGUAAAUAGCUGUAUGUAUUUCUAUUUGUAUAUUUGUAAAUUUGAUGAGAGGCCAAAAUUCCAAAGAUUUUCUUGUGUCCCUCUUCAGUCCUGUGUUAUACUAAAUGGAACGUAAGAUACGUACGAUUUCCAGAAUCUUAAAGUAAUCGUUGUAGCUCCUAAUAGGAAUAUUAAAGCUAUCCAAAAAUGCUUUAGAAUUAAAUACAUGGCAAGUAAUCAAGAUUUAAAAGCUGUUUAUUUUGCUUUUGAGAAGAAUUUAAUUAAAAAAACCCAAACCUUCAUUUAAAUUUUUAUUAUACAGUGCCAUAUAAUUCAGUUCUUUUGACAGAAUAUAAUAAACUAUGAAAAAUAAACAAUGUGGUUCUAAAUUUAUGCAUUGGCACAUGAAUAAGUGUUCCAUGUUGUUAAUAUUCUGCUUAAUAUGUUAAGCAAUCUGUGAUACUAGCUUCAUAAAGGAAAGACACCUUCAUAAAUGUGUUUUAAACAUUUUAUAUUAUGUAUUUAUUCAAAUAUGUGCUUGAAUUCAGUUGCAAAAAUAACAUUCGAGGCAAGCUUCUCUCAAUUGUUUAUAUCUGAACUCUCAUAAAAGAGUUACUCAUUUCUUUAAUAUUUUUUCUGUCAUAAAAUUAUUGCUUGAGAUUAUGAUACAGAUUAUGCUGGAUAUCAUACUUUUCUCAUAAAUGAUUUCAUGGAAUAGGAAAAAUCUACUUCUUGCUGUCUCACGCAAUGAUAAUUUUACUUCUUAUUUUGAAAUUCGUAUUUAAUUAAUAUUAAUGAGUUUUAAAUAUAUCACAGCACUUUUUCAUAAAUUGAACUGUUGCAAUUUAGCUUGAAAGAAAAUUUACUAAUUGAAAAUAACGAUUUUUAAUCAAAACAGUUGGAGCUGUUGUUAUUUAUUUUAUCUUAUGAGAAUUUUACUAUGCUUUCAUUCUAUGCUUAAUUGUAUUUAAAUUAUUAAAUAUUUUAUUACUCUAGAUGAAAAAAUCUACUUUGUUGGAACUGAAAGGAAGCACAGCGUCUUUUGUAAUGACUUGAAUAAUUUCAUGUUUAAUAAACAAGUAUGUAAACAAUGUAA